UUUAUGGGGUUAUUUGAUUGUAAUUCAAGUCUGCCAUUCCAAGUAAAGAUUAUCCUCGAGUGAUGCAUGUCAAUGACGCACAGCGUGAAGAAAUAGAAGCAUUGGAAGCCAUAUUAGGUGAUGAUUUUUCUUUACAACAAGAUGAGACAACUAGAAGGCCCUUGAUAAAGUUGGACUUCUCAGAAGAGCGUCCUAAAGUUCAAUUUAGUUUGUACUUGUGUCUUCCUCCUUCCUAUCCAGAAGACUCUCCUUCCAUGACUAUUCAGCCUGGUAAGGGUUUUCCGGGAACAUGGCGUUCUCCUUUACUUCAGUUUUUAAAGAAUGAAAUGAACCUUUUGAUGGGAGCUCCUAUGAUUUUCGAACUGUAUAUGAAAACCAAGGAUUGGCUUUUGGAACAGGAGAAGGAAGAUGAAGCGGAAGAUAUCGAUAGAGUUUCUUGUGUAGGGUCGGUUCCAUCUGUGAAUGAGAAUACGAAACUUGAGUCGUCUUUGUUGAUUCACUCCUUGAUAGAAGAGAAGGAGUACGGAACUCCAGUCACAAAGGAAACCUUUGAAAAGUGGCGUCAAAGUUUUUUUCAAGAGUUUGGUUUGUCGUUGAGAAACAAAGAAAGAGAGACUGCUUGGAAACUAACUGGAAGACAACUUUUUGAGGAAAACCGUCUAGUUGAGACAAGUGAAACUUAUGGUUCUUCAGAAGAUGAAGAAUAGUUUCUACCCCGAUAUGGAUAGUUGAACCGAUGUAAUACGUUUUUUUUUGUUUUGCAUUAGAAAUAAUAUUGUUUCAACAGGUUUCAAAGAGAAGAUGUUUAUGAUAGAAUGGAAUGAGAAGAGAGAGAGCAUGCUUAUCAACAAUAUAAUGAAAAUAGGAACCCAUAAAGUAUUUGGAGAGAUAUUCAGUGUUCUUGAUACAAACAUGGACAUAUUCACUUAAUAC